GCCGCCCAUAUUUCACCAUUGCCUUUUCGUUCGCUUUCCCCGGCCGCGAUGACCUUGGGAGCCAAGGUCGGGGAGCCGCCAUCGCUGCCGACGACUAUCGCCCUCCUUUGGCCCAGGAUAGAGGAGCUGCUGGGACGAAGAUGACUUGUGGGGAAUAAUACGAGGAAGGGCAGGGCUUGGAGGGAAACGUAUCUGAAGGGUUGGGCACUCAUCAGACCUAGCGCAGCUGAGAUGCAGCGGUGGUGAUCCUGAUGUACUAACCCAUCCUGGAAGCCCGGCCUCAAACAGACGGCAAGUAUGCAAAGAAAAGCAUCGGGCCUCCUUGUGUGGCAGUGGUGUGGAGAAGUUGUUGGUGGUGUGGAUGAUAUCAUUUGUGCCUUGUGACAUCGUUUGACGUGGGUGACACAAAAAAGACCCCUUUUGUGACCAUUACCUUGGCCUUCUGGAAAAUUGUGCAACGACGAAGAUGGGACUCCACUGUGUAGUGGAAGCUGCUGUGACUGCGGCAUCUGGGUCUGAUGUGAAGGCGGCGAUGAUGGUCGCCAGGCAUCAGGCGCUAGGACGAGGGGCGACUGCUGUACGGCGCCAUUGUCGAGUAGUGGCACAGCAGCUUGAUGGUUGUGCUGUCAAUGUGAUGCUCGGGCACUCCCAUCCGCAGCAGCUAACACGAGUCAGAGCUAACCCUGUCCGGAGUGCUGGCCUCAAAAGCACACUGGCAGGCUGGCUGCAGCAGGGAGACGGGAAGACGGAGAAGACGACAGCGAAGAAGAAGAAAAAGGAGCCGUGUCACAACAAUGCCGGGCGGCAAGAGAUCUGCCGAUGUUUUGAUACACCUGCCAGUGGCCAUGCAGUUGGUGUGGCGGCAUUUUACAGGACAUCUGUGACAACCGCAUCGUGCCACUCGUCCACGGUCAGGCUGAGAUUGAGGUCCAGGUCCGUCAAUCGUAACACGAACAACAAACGAGCUUGGCAUCGAAGUCUUUCUCCGAUGGUCAGUAGAGAAGGGGGGAGGUCACGCGAAGACCGGUGUGCUGUGAGAGCCGCGAGCAGCGGUACUCGGCCCGCCAAUGUUGUAAGGGACCCAAUUAAAGUUAUAAUAAAUGGUGCUUCGACGGACCUGGGUCUUGAGGCUGUUCGGGCAAUCUCGCAUGCCAGGGGUAUGGAAAUUGUGGGGGCCAUAGACUCGAAGAACACAGGGUGUGAUGUCGGAGAGCUGGCUGGCCUGGAUGAACCUCUCGAGAUUCCAAUCAUACAGGACCUGGUGAUGGUUCUUGGCUCUGCAACACAGCAGGCGAGGUCUGACGCCAGUGUGGUUCUUGUUGAUCUAGCUAUCGCAGCCAAGAUGUAUGAGAAUGUGAGGCAGGCAACGGCUUUCGGGGUGAGGAGUGUAGUUGGGAUUCCUGGCGUCGAUAUGGGUAAGGUCGCAGCACUAUCGGAGUUCUGUGAAAAGGCGAGCAUGGGCUGCAUCAUUGCUCCUGAUCUUUCGAUCGGAGCAGCAGUGCUUCGCCAGCUCACAGCCACGGCUGCCUUCCACUAUGGCAGUGUGGAUGUGAUCGAGACAAGAGGAGAUGGCUGGGGUGAAGCAGAGAAGAGAGAGGAUGAGGCUGAUGGGAGCAGUGGUUUGCCUGGAUGGGAGGCUAUGGAGCUCGCACAGAGCAUGUCGGGACUAGGACGGAUCUUCAACAAGGGGGAUAUGUCAACGGAGAGCCCUGCUCGGGGAGUGUUGGUCGGCGAUGGUGUCCGUGUUCAUAGCCUUAGGGUUCCAGGAGCACCCGUCCGUCGGCAUGAAGUGAGAUUUGGCUCAUCCGGGGAGUUGCUGACGCUGACCCACGAUGUGCUAGACGCUAAGGCAUACAUGCCUGGAUUGCUUCUAGCUGUGCGACGUGUGGUACGCCUCAGGUCGCUGGUGUAUGGACUUGAGAAAAUUCUCUGAUCAUGCUUCCUCAACUCUCUUGCCUGCCUCCUAUUAUUCCCUUUCUGAUUCGAUUAAUAUUUCGGUUCUUAAUUUCUUUUUGUCUGUGUGUGCGUUUGUGUGUUCGUACGUGUAGGGGUGUGUGUUCACAUGUGUGUGUGUGUGUGUGUGUGUGUGUGUGUGUGUGUGUGUGUGUGUGUGUGUGUGUGUGUGUGUGUGUGUGUGUGCAAUUAAUUGCAGUGCUACAAGCGGGCUGUAUACUAAUUUUGUCCCUAUCGUCGUUGUCAGGACUUGAUCCCGCAACCUUUGUUUGCUGUAUUGCCUGUUUAUUUGCUGUUUGUGUGUUUUGAACCUUGCGGGACUUGAUCCCGUGACCUGUAACCUGUGUGUUUUGUUUGUGAGUGUUGUGCCCUAUGGGGCUUCACUAGUAGUCUCUGUUUGGUAGUCCUAGGCCAUUCAGCCUUUUUCUUUUGCCUUGUCAUAGGUCUAGGCCCCCUUUUCCCCUGUUUCCACCUAGAUACAGAUGGGUCUUGGGUUGUUGCUUUGGGGAGGCGGUCGUAGGUCUAGGCGGAGGGUAGAAGUAGUGGGCAGGAAAAUUAAGUCGGGUCUUUUCUCGUUGCUUUUGUUGGGAAACUGUGCUCGUUUGUUAUCGAAGCGUUGCUGCGUUAUUUCGGGCAAGGGCAUCUUCUUCCUCGAAGCCCAGCCAUCGCUGGGGCUGGGACAUGAAGUUGGAGAUCGCACUACUGCUCAGGACUGUGCUGUUGGGUUUGGGCGCUGCCUUCCUACACUUUGCAGCCAUAUCUGCUGUUCCUCCUCAUGAGGAACUUCGUUUUUCUCUUCUUCGAAGUGCUGGAUCGGUUGUCUCCUUCUUCACCAGGACUUCCAGCACUGCACUUCCGUGCAGGCACUGAGCUGGCGCUGCUAUCAUUGUGGUUGCUGGUUCAGAUUGGCACGUUGUGACAGCUGUGGGGUUACUGCUGCCAUGGCAGCCAUAGCCAGGGGUAUGAGGUGGCGAGGAGGAAGAAGAAGACUCCUGCAGACUUCGUUGAUCACUUGUUUUUGGUUGCUCGGGGUGGUUGUAAGCGCGGUUGUGAUUCUUGGAACAAGUACUCUGGAUUGAUUGGAGGAGGACGAGGGAUUGCAGAAUUGAAAUU